AUGGGCGGAGGAGGAAAGAUCCCGUACCCCAAGCACGUCUGGUCGCCGGCCGGUGGUUGGUACGCGCAGCCCGGCAACUGGAAGGGCAACACGGCCGUCGUCGGCCUCGUCCUCGCCAGCAUCGUCGGCAUGGCCUGGUCUGUUUCCGCACAGCGCGAGCACCGCGACAAGAUGCCGGAGCAGGGCCGCUUCUUCCCCAGCCGAUACUGGAGCAGAGAGAUUCGCGAGCACGAGGCGAAGCUGAAGCAGCAGCAGCAGCAGCAGCAGCAGGGGCAAUAG